GUACUCAGUUUUUAUGACACCAGCAGCAGUAGCCUGCCUGUACCAGACACUCACACACAACUUGGAGGAAGAAAAGAAAAUAAAGAGAAAGAGAAACUAAAGUUACAGAGAAAGAGAAACUCAAGUGAUGAGAGGAGGAAGAAAUCAAAAUUGUUAAAUCAACAACACACAAUUACUUAUUACUGUCAUCACCAUCAUUAUAGUUCACUUAAGAAGAAGAAACAAAUUUCAUCUCAUCAACAUCAAUUAUUUUUCAACAGUUUGAUUAUGAGAAGAGAACAAGAAGAUCUGUGUUAAACCAUAAAAUGGCAUCACCUGAAGUUUCUAGUAAAGGAAAUUAUAAUAAUAUUGGAGUUGAGAGUUUUUCUUCAGCAAAUUGUACUACUGAACCUAAGGAUGUUGUUGUUGUUGGUGGAAUUAUUAGAAAUGGCAGUGCUAGUCUUAUAGAACCUCCAACAAAUGUUUGUAAAAGAAAGUUAGAUUGUGAUGAAGAUGCACUGUACUCAGAGCUAUGGCAUGCUUGUGCCGGUCCGUUAGUUACUGUUCCUCGUGAAGGUGACCUAGUUUUCUAUUUUCCUCAAGGUCAUAUUGAACAGGUUGAAGCGUCGACGAAUCAAGUAGCUGAUCAGCAGAUGCCGGUUUAUGAUCUUCCAACGAAGAUCCUUUGUCGCGUAAUCAAUGUACAACUGAAGGCUGAGGCAGAUACUGAUGAGGUAUUUGCACAAGUGACUUUGUUGCCAGAGGGAAAUCAAGAUGAAAAUUUGAUGGAGAAGGAAACUGUUCCGCAAUCCUCUCCUCGCCCUCUUGUGCAUUCAUUUUGUAAGACUUUGACUGCUUCUGAUACAAGCACACAUGGGGGGUUUUCUGUUUUGAGACGGCAUGCAGAUGAAUGUCUACCUCUACUGGAUAUGAGCCGGCAACCUCCUACUCAAGAAUUGAUUGCUAAGGAUUUGCAUGGAAAUGAAUGGAGGUUUCGCCACAUCUUUAGGGGUCAACCUAGAAGGCAUCUACUCCAAAGUGGCUGGAGUGUCUUUGUUAGCUCCAAAAGGCUUGUUGCUGGGGAUGCAUUUAUAUUUCUAAGAGGUGAAAAUGGGGAACUUCGUGUUGGCGUACGCCGUGCAAUGCGACAACAGAGUAACAUUUCGUCUUCGGUCAUAUCUAGCCACAGCAUGCACCUUGGUGUUCUUGCAACUGCAUGGCAUGCUGUCUCGACAGGAACCAUGUUCACUGUCUAUUACAAACCUAGGACAAGCCCCGAAGAGUUUAUUGUUCCAUAUGGUCAAUAUAUGGAGUCCGUGAAGAACAGCCACUCGAUUGGAAUGAGGUUCAAAAUGAGAUUCGAAGGAGAAGAAGCUCCAGAGCAAAGGUUUACAGGCACUAUAGUUGGAACUGGUGAUGCUGAUCCAAACAGGUGGAAUGGAUCAAAAUGGAGAUGCCUCAAGGUUCGCUGGGAUGAAACUUCUUCCGUUCCUCGUCCUGAACGAGUGUCUCCAUGGAAAGUUGAACCUGCCUUGUCUCCCCCUGCAUUGAAUCCCCUUCCAGUACCCAGGUCAAAGAGACCGCGCACAAACAUGGUGCCCUCAUCUCCCGACUCCUCUGUUCUAACAAGAGAAGAUGAUGGGAAGACAAUUCAGAGAAGAAUACAGUUAGACAUCUCAUCACCUCAAAUGAAAUAUGAAUCACCAUAUACGGAUCUCUUGUCUGGUUUCCUUGGCAGCAAAGAUUCUCAUCAUGGGUUUCAUCCUCGUUUUGUAGACCGAAAUCUGGGCAAUGCUAACCCUUUGAAGAAGCAUUUUCAAGACAAGGAAGGGCAGUUUAACUUGCUCCCCAGCUCACAGCCAAUGAGCUCUUCACUAGACGUGAUGGAAUCCGGCAGGAAAGUGCUUACACAAGAUGGCAAUCUACAAUCUCAGACAGGGAGUGCCAGAUAUACAGGCUUGAGUUGGUUUCCCGAGAUGCGAAGUCCCAGAGUUGAGCAACAACCAGGAAACUGGUUGAUGUCUUUACUGCCACAGUCUGACUCAGAGGAUCCACCACAUUCAACAGAGGUAACACCUAAGGUUGCUGUACUCGAGCAAUAUGAGUCUGUUAGAGCCAAAGGCGACAGCGACUACAAACUUUUUGGUAUUUCACUAUUCAGCAGUCCUGUUGGACUGGAGGCACCAAAAUUGAGUUCAGAUAAGAUGAACGAGGCAGGAGGUCAUAUGCACCCUCUAUUGUUGCACUUACAAGCUUCACAUCCUGACCAACAGUCUGAUCAGCAGGAAAAACUUCCUCGAACCUGUCAGCAGCCUAAAAAUGUGCCGAGCAACCAUAAGGGUGGUACAACAAGGAGCUGCACUAAGGUUCAGAUGCAGGGAAUUGCUCUUGGGAGGUCUGUGGAUCUCACUAAGUUCAAUGGCUACGAUGAACUAAUUGCCGAGUUAGAUCAGAUGUUUGAUUUUAAUGGUGGGUUGAUGGCUACGAACAAAAAUUGGCAAGUGGUAUAUACUGACAAUGAGGGUGAUAUGAUGCUUGUUGGAGAUGAUCCGUGGCAGGAAUUUUGUAGUAUGGUUCGCAAAAUCUGCAUUUAUACUAGAGAUGAGGUUCAGAGGAUGAACUCUGGGACCUCGAGCCCGAGAAUAGAAGAAGAGACCCAAUUGGUUGAAGAGGAAAAAGUUGUUGUUGCUACCGCAAAUGAAACAAAAGAUGUUCAUUCUUCUGCAACUAGUCUCCAAAAUUGCUAGCUCCUUAGCUCAUGUUACUGAAGCACAGAGAUAAUUAUUAGAUAGCAUAGUUGGCCAUUUUGGGUUGGUUUGCUUUGUAAGCCAUUAUUCGCAGUGGUCGAAUCUAUUAUCGAUAAUAAAAAAGAGUAGUCGAAUCUAUUGAAUAUAUAGGACGUAUUACCAGUUUUAAAUAUACUAUGUAUCGGUGAUUAACAUACAGUCGGGCUAGAAGAGUUCUUAAUUAUAUUGUACAUAAAGCAAAUCUCUUUCUUGACUCCUUUACUACAAUUUUGAGUUCUUGUAGCCAA